GCAAUAACACCCGUCUUGCAGUGAGCUUGACGUCGUUGUAGUUUUCAGUGCAGCAGCUCGUGCAGAACACUUUAUACCUGACAGCCCUGCAGAGAUGGCCGGACGAGACCGAGUGGUGCACUUGCUGAGACAGCUCGAGCGCGCCGCGUGCAGAUGUCCUGCGCACUCCAACACCUUCCACCAAGGAGCCGGAGCUGCAGCCUGCACCGUCAGGAAGACAGACUACGCCUUCGAGAUGGCGAGCUCCAACAUCCGAUACGGAGAGGGAGUCAGCAGAGAGAUCGGCAUGGACCUGAAGAACCUCGGGGCCCAUAAUGUGUGUGUGAUGACGGACAGGAACUUGUCCCGCCUCCCCCCGGUGAAGGCGGUGCUGGAGUCCCUGUCUGACAGCGGGGUCCGGUUCAGGGUCUACGACAGCGUGAGGGUGGAGCCCACCGACUCCAGUUUUAAAGAGGCCAUCUCCUUUGCUAAGAGCGACUCCUUCGAUGUGUUUGUGGCGGUGGGGGGGGGCUCUGUGAUUGACACCUGUAAAGCGGCUAACCUGUACGCCUGUCACCCGGACGCCGACUUCCUGGACUUUGUGAAUGCUCCAAUCGGAAAGGGGAGGCCGGUGAGCGGAGCGCUGAAGCCCCUCAUCGCAGUUCCUACGACGGCCGGCACCGGCAGUGAGACGACCGGUGUCGCCAUCUUCGACUACGAGCCUCUGAAGGCCAAGACGGGUAUCGCCAGCAGAGCUCUCAGACCGACGCUGGGCAUCGUGGAUCCGCUGCAUACCCUCAGCAUGCCGGAGAGAGUCGCUGCUAACAGCGGUUUUGACGUGCUUUGUCAUGCUCUGGAAUCCUACACGGCGCUGCCCUACCACCAGAGGAGCCCCUGCCCCCCCGACCCGAUCCUCCGCCCGGCCUAUCAGGGCAGCAACCCCAUCAGCGAUGUCUGGUCCCGUCACGCUCUACGUGUCGUUGCCCAGUUCAUGAAGCGCGCGGUGCGGGACCCCGAGGAUCUGGAGGCUCGGUCCAGCAUGCACCUGGCCAGCGUGUUCGCCGGCAUCGGCUUCGGAAACGCCGGAGUUCAUCUGUGUCACGGGAUGUCGUAUCCGAUCGCCGGGAACGUGAAGACUCACUCAGCGAAGGGCUACAGCGUGGAGCACGCUCUGGUGCCUCACGGUCUCUCAGUGGUUCUCACCGCUCCGGCUGUCUUCAACUUCACGGCACCGAUGUGUCCAGAGCGCCACCUGGAGGCAGCAGAGAUCCUCGGUGCAGAUAUCCGGCAGGUGAAGAGGGAGGACGCCGGCCCACUGCUGGCCGACACGCUGCGCAGCUUCCUGUUUGACCUUCAGGUGGAGGACGGGCUCUCGGCCGUCGGCUACAGUAAAAACGACGUCCCCGACCUGGUGAGGGGGACCGUCCCUCAGGAGCGAGUGACGAAGCUGUCUCCCCGGGAACACAGCGAAGAGGAUCUGAGCGAGCUGUUCCUUGCGUCCAUGAAGCUUUACUGAGCACUUCCUGUUCCUUGGAGUGAAAGAAGAUUAAAAUCUGAUGUUAUAAAAUCAUUGAACUGGUCUGUGCUGCAGCUCAUCCAGCGGCCACUGGAUGGCGCUGUUUCUCUACCUUAUUUUAUUACACUAGAAUUUAUAUUUACACUAAUCUGAAAUAAAAACCCUAUAUACACACACUCGAUGUGCAUGCUUACUCAGUGAAAAGUGUGUGUGUGUGGUUAGCUCUCUCUCUGCUCUCAGGGUUGAUCCAGUUAAACACAUCAGAUCAGGUUUAUAUAACAACUGUUCUUAGAUCAGAAUAAACCGGAUUAAAACCAGAGACUCUUCUAGGAAUCUCACACACACACACACACACACACACACACACACACACACCCUGGGUUUACUUGUUACUGUCUGUAUUGAAACAAGACACGCAACAGAAGUUUCUCAAAGGACAAAAAGCGGAUUAACGUCUGUAAUUAAAACCUUUUGCUUCACAAAUCAUUUUAUUUUCUCUCCUUUAGUUUUAGUUUUUAAAGGAUUAUUAAAUAAUGAUCUCAAAAAUAAAAAACUUUUCCUGUU